CCCCGCCCCCCCGGGUGUCUGAAGCUUUUGGGGCUCCGUGCUGUCAACCGCGGGGUCGGGCGGGCCGGGCGUGGCUAGAGAACGACACCCCUGCCCGCGGGGGUCCCUGCAGCCAUGGCCUGUUCCAUUGUCCAGUUCUGCUCCUUCCAGGACCUGCAGUCUGCGCGCGACUUCCUGUUCCCUCAGCUGCGGGAGGAGACCCCCGGUGCCCUGAGGAGGGACCCGAGUAAAUCAUCAAACUGGGAAGAUGAUAGUUGGGGAGCAUGGGAAGAAACAGAACCCCAAGAACCCGAAGAAGAAGGAAAUGCUUCUAAAACACAAAAAACUUCCUGGCUUCAAGAAUGUGUUUUAUCCUUAUCUCCAACCAGUGAUCUUAUGGUGAUAGCCCGGGAGCAAAAGGCUGCAUUUCUAGUGCCAAAAUGGAAGCAUGGUGAUAAAGGCAAGGAAGAAAUGCAGUUUGCGGUUGGUUGGAGUGGCUCCCUGAGUGUGGAAGAAGGGGAGUGUGUGACCAGUGCUCUCUGCAUCCCACUGGCAAGCCAAAAGAGGAGUUCCACUGGGCGUCCUGACUGGACCUGCAUUGUGGUGGGGUUCACAUCUGGUUAUGUGCGGUUCUACACUGAGAGUGGUGUGCUUUUGCUUGCACAACUCUUGAAUGAGGACAAAGUGCUUCAGCUUAAGUGCAGGACCUAUGAAAUCCCCCGACACCCUGGAGUGACCGAGCAGAAUGAAGAACUGAGCAUCCUGUAUCCAGCCGCCAUUGUGACUAUCGAUGGCUUCAGUCUUUUUCAGUCCCUCCGUGCUUGUCGGAACCAGGUGGCAAAAGCUGCAGCAUCAGGCAAUGAGAACAUACAACCACCACCGUUAGCUUAUAAGAAAUGGGGUCUACAAGAUAUUGACACUAUUAUUGAUCAUGCUAGUAUUGGUAUUAUGACUCUGUCACCUUUCGAUCAGAUGAAGACUGCUUCCGUUAUAGGGGGGAUUAAUGCAACAAUUAAAAACAGCCCGCCUGCCAUGUCUCAGUAUAUCACUGUGGGGUCCAGUCCCUUCACUGGAUUCUUCUAUGCUCUAGAGGGAAGCACUCAGCCGCUGUUAUCUCACGUUGCGCUCGCAGUUGCAAGUAAACUGACUUCUGCUCUCUUUAGUGCUGCCAGUGGUUGGCUUGGUUGGAAAAGCAAGCAUGAAGAAGAGACCGUUCAGAAGCAGAAGCCCAAGAUGGAGCCAGCUACUCCCUUAGCUGUGAGAUUUGGACUUCCAGAUUCUAGACGCCAUGGAGAAAGCAUAUGCCUGUCUCCUUGUAACACCCUGGCAGCAGUCACAGAUGAUUUUGGCAGAGUUAUCUUGUUGGACGUCGCUCGAGGAAUUGCAAUACGGAUGUGGAAAGGGUACCGAGAUGCACAGAUUGGAUGGAUUCAAAUUGUAGAGGACCUCCAUGAACGAGUACCAGAAAAGGGGGAGUUUUCCCCCUUUGGAAAUACUCAAGGUCCCAGUCGAGUAGCUCAGUUCCUUGUGAUCUAUGCGCCACGAAGGGGAAUUUUGGAAGUGUGGAACACACAGCAAGGACCAAGGGUGGGAGCUUUCAACGUGGGCAAGCACUGCAGGCUGCUGUAUCCUGGCUACAAAAUAAUGGGCUUAAACAACGUGACAAGUCAGAGUUGGCAGCCUCAGACUUACCAGAUCUGUCUUGUUGACCCGGUGUCUGCAAGUGUAAAAACGGUGAAUGUGCCUUUCCAUUUAGCACUGAGUGAUAAGAAGAGUGAAAGAGCCAAGGACCUGCACUUGGUGAAGAAACUGGCAGCCCUGCUAAAGUCAAAGUCACCCGGACCUGAUUCAUUUGAAACGGAAAUAAAGGAGUUGAUCCUUGAUAUUAAGUACCCUGCAACCAAGAGACAAGCUCUGGAAAGCAUUUUGGCCAGUGAGCGUUUAUCAUUUUCCUGCCUUAGAAACGUUACUCAGACUUUAAUGGACACUUUAAAAAAUCAAGAGCUCGAAUCUGUGGAUGAAGGACUGUUGCAGUUUUGUGCCAACCAGCUGAGCUUACUGCAUCUUUACGAAUCUGUCAGCCAGUUAAAUUCUGUUGAUUUUCACUCAGACACACCGUUCUCUGAUAAUGAUUUGGCUGUGUUGCUAAGACUGGACGAUAAGGAACUCGUGAAGCUCCGGGCCUUAUUAGAGAAGUACAAACAAGAAAACACCAAGACCACUGUCCGGUUUUCUGAAGAUGCAGAUGGAGUGCUUCCUGUCAAGACCUUCCUCGAAUAUCUAGAGUAUGAGAAGGAUGUGCUGAGCAUAAAGAAGAUAAGCGAAGAGGAGUAUGUGGCUCUAGGCAGUUUCUUUUUUUGGAAGUGUUUGCAUGGAGAAAGCUCCACGGAGGAUAUGUGUCACACUCUGGAGUCUGCCGGACUUAGUCCUCAGCAGUUACUGUCUCUACUCCUAAGUGUUUGGCUUUCGAAGGAAAAAGAUAUUUUGGACAAACCACAGUCUGUCUGCUGUCUUCAUACCAUGCUGUCCCUACUGAGCAAGAUGAAAGUGGCCAUUGAUGAGACGUGGGAUUCUCAGUCUGUGUCCCCUUGGUGGCAGCAGAUGCGCAUGGCCUGUAUUCAGUCGGAGAACAAUGGAGCGGCCCUACUGUCUGCACACGUUGGGCAUUCUGUUGCUGCCCAGAUGUCCAGCAGUUCUACAGAUAAGAGAUUUUCCCAGACAGCUUUGGGUGCUGAUGCAGAAGCCCUCACAGACUCCUGGGAAGCCCUUUCUCUUGACACCGAGUACUGGAAGCUCCUGCUGAAGCAGCUGGAAGACUGCCUCAUCCUCCAGACCCUGCUCCACAGCAAGGCCAGUCCUUCAGCUGCCAAAGUGUCAUCUCCACAGACAGAGCCACUUCCAAGGCUUUCUGUGAAGAAACUGUUAGAAGGAGGAAAAGGUGGUGUUGCAGACAGUGUAGCCAAGUGGAUAUUUAAACAGGACCUCAGCCCUGAAUUGUUGAAAUGUGCCAACCAAGAAAGAGAUGCAGAAAGCCCAGAUGAACCCAAAGAAGGUAUUGCGCGAAGUUUCCUUGAGGUGCCAGAGGUGCAGAUAGACCUAGGAGCCAUACCAGACUUGCUGCGUUUAGCCUAUGAGCAGUUCCCAUGUAGCCUUGAGCUUGACGUGCUGCAUGCACAUUGCUGCUGGGAGUAUGUUGUUCAGUGGAAUAAGGACCCAGAGGAAGCACGCUUUCUGGUUAGGUCCAUAGAACACUUGAAGCACAUUCUUAAUGCACAUGUUCAAAAUGGUAUCGCGUUGAUGAUGUGGAAUACAUUCUUAGUUAAAAGGUUUUCUGCUGCCACCUACUUGAUGGAUAAGGUUGGAAAGUCUCCAAAGGAUAGGUUAUGCCGAAGGGAUGUGGGGAUGAGUGACACAGCAGUGACGUCCUUCCUCGGAUCCUGCCUGGAUCUUCUUCAGACUUCACUGGAGGCCGACAUUAGCAGGGAUGAAAUGCAGGUGCCAGUCCUGGACACUGAGGAUGCCUGGCUGUCCGUGGAAGGCCCCAUCUCUAUAGUGGAACUGGCGCUCGAGCAGAAGCCUAUCCACUACCCACUGGUGGAGCAUCAUUCCAUCCUGUGCUCCAUCCUGUAUGCAGCCAUGCGCUUUUCUCUUAAGAGUGUGAAGCCUCUCGCUCUUUUUGAUAGCAAGGGAAAGAAUGCAUUUUUCAAAGACUUAACUUCAAUUCAGUUAUUACCUAGUGGGGAAAUGGAUCCAAAUUUCAUUUCUGUAAGACAACAGUUCUUACUGAAAGUUGUCAGUGCAGCUGUCCAGGCCCAGCAUUCUGUCACCAAGGACAAAGAAGAGGCAGCAACCACGCAUUGGAAAGACCAAAACUGGCCGGUUCUGGCUGUGGAUUUAGCUCAUCACCUUCAAGUGAGCGAAGAUGUCAUUCGAAGGCAUUAUGUGGGAGAGCUAUACAACUAUGGAGCUGACCUCUUAGGAGAGGAGGCCAUCCUGCAAGUCCAUGACAAAGAAGUUCUGGCAUCUCAGCUGCUCGUGUUGACAGGGCAGAGGCUGGCUCAUGCACUUUUCCACACCCAGACAAAAGAAGGCAUGGAGCUGCUGGCCAGACUCCCACCCACACUCUGCACCUGGCUGAAGGCAAUGAACACCCAGGAUCUUCAGAACACUGAUGUGCCAAUUGCCGCAACAGCUAAACUAGUGCACAAAGUAAUGGAGCUCCUGCCAGAGAAGCACGGGCAGUACAGCCUCGCCUUACACCUCAUCGAAGCUGUGGAAGCCAUGGCUACUUUAUGACAGUAGUCCAAAGUUCUGUGACCACAUCAAUCACUGCAUGUCACUUUACACAGCAAGAUCUGGAACUUUUUGGAGGUUUUUUUUUGUAUAAUAAAUAAAUAUAUUACUUUUAAAAAGUGCAAUCCUGGCUAAAUUCCAUUUCUUCAGUGGAGACUGAAGAUAAAAUACAUAACUGGGCUAUAAUGAAUACAGAUGCUUUACUGUUAUUUUUUCAUUCAAGUAAGCAGCUUUAUUGUUAAACUUUGUAUUGUAACUGAUUAUAAUUUGCAGGUUUCAUUCUUACUGUAGUAUUCCAGUUCAUAUCCAGAUGACUCCUGUGGGGAUUAAGUGUUCAUAUAGCUUCCAUCAGCAUGCUAGCGAUACAGCCCACAUCCCUUUAGAACAUGCAGAGAUGUCCUAUGUUUGGCCCUGCACCAGGAUGCCACUGGCAGGGAGCUCUGGGUGCUGACUGCUUCCUGUCCUGGGGUGCUGCUGCCAUCAGAGGAGAAAUGGCUGAGAUCCCAGAAGCGACCUGGAGAAGGACCCCGGGCCUACUGUACUUGCCAGAAUUGGGAAUCAGAGAUGUGAACAAUGCUACAAUGUAAAUUAAGAUUAACUCUUUAUUUUGUCAAGUUCCAAAAUUGUAUCCACAUCAGGUAAUUGUAAAAAAUGUAUUAUCUUGUAAGACUUAUUUGUAAAAACAAAAGAACAAAGCAAAGAUUCUAAAAUAUUUAAAGUCCAACGUUAUUUUUCUUCCAAGUGUUCAAAAUGUCCAUUUCUGGGCCGUGGUCAUGUUGCCUGUCCUAGGAGGACAGAGAAUAUGCUUUGUGCUGUGACAGCCUUAGAAAACCUACCUCACAACUGGGUGGAGAAGACAAACUGCAGCCAGUUCUGUAGCCUGUAGGCCUAGAGCAGGCCAAGCACUAAACAGAUGUGUGAGUCAAACCCACCUACCCCGGGCUGGCCACAGUGCUCGGCUCUGCAGACCAGCAAGUGCUCACUGCGGGGAGACUCUCUGGGGUGUAGCCAUGCAGUGCAACUGCGGUGACUGCUGCGGUCACAGCUGUCACAGUGUUCAUUCCAACAGAGGAAGAAGGCAACUCCACCAUUGUGAAGGUUGAGAAUGUCCUUCAGGGACACCCAGUAAAAAUCUGAACCCGAACAUGCACAAAUGUGAAUUCCUUUCCAUUAAAAAGUCAAAUCUAAGAUCGUGGCUGGCUAAAACUAACGCUGUUAGCAGUCGGAUUUCCCUAAGAGAAAUGUUUCGGUGUUGCCCAGGUGGCUGUGAGGAGCUGCGAUCUCUGUGAGCUCAGCUUUACUGACAUGAAUACCGCCCUUUCCAGGGUCCUAGGAGGCCCGUUCUCCCCGUGCCCUGAGUACUCUGGAAGAAGCUGGAGAGAGUCCUUUUACUCUAAUCCCAUUACUUGUUCUGGGUGGAGGAGAGCUUGUAUUUUUUGAGGAUAAUACUGGCUAAAUUUACUCUGGUAGAUCACAUAAGAUAAUUAAAACACAAAUUAAGUCUCUAAGUUAGAUUUGUCAUCCAAAAAUGUAAUACACGUAGAAUUUAAAAACUAAAUCCUGAAUUUCAUAAAGGCAGUAAAAUAUUCUACAACUUUACUAAGGGCUUUAAAAUAAAUCUGAUAAAGAAAGAUUAAGAUUUAUGUAUCCAUUCUCUAACAACAAAGUGCCACAAAUAAAGGAAUUAGGUUCUAAUGGGACUGGUGUCCCUGCAACAAGGGCAUGUAUGCCCUUAGCCAGUAGCAUUUCCCUAGAGACCCCCUUGUCUCCCUUACAAUUACAUACUUUUUUACGCUGCUAAUGAAAAGUGUUUAGAUAACCCUAACUUCUCUACCCCAGGCUGUGCUUAGAUGUAGACAUGGAGGGGCCAGGAUAAUGUAGAUACAGCAGUACAUUACAUAGAACCAGGCUUCCCAUGCUUCCCACUUUAGCCAGGAGACAGAAAAGCACUUCACCUUGUUAGAAAAGGUCAUCUACGGUGUGAAGCCUGCUGCAUUUAAAUAGCUUUUUAAAAUAUGAUUACUUAUGGUUUAAAAUCAUAGCAAACUAAGACUUAGUAACAAUAAGCUUACAUUGAUUACAGCACUCACUUAGAAGUUGCUAUGGUCCAUUUCAUGAAGAAACAAGUAUUCCUAUGGUGCACUCUAGCAAUAGUGAAAGCCCUCUCACCUCACAGGGAUGGGUUUACGAGGCAGCUAGAUUCUGCUUAGAUUAGCCAUCCUUGAAAGAUCAAUCCAGUACUGGAUUGCUCACAAAAUGCUCUAUUAUUUGUCUACUGUCAGUGUAUUUUAAGUAGUGAAUUCUGUAUAUACCAUUACUUUCUGUGUCUAUUCAUUAUUGUGAACUUAUGUAUAUUAGUGAAAUAAAUGUUCAGCUUUUAUGUUA